CAAUGAAAAUUUUAAUACAGAGGUGAAAGCGAAGGUGCCCAAUUCAGAAGCGGGACGAAAGUAAGAGGAACGGUCUAAGAAAAAAGUGAGUUGGAGGCGAGAUGAGCAGAAGCGGUCAAACGUGCUCUCCCCGCCGGGUACGUCAAGGCGGUAACUUUUCCAGCACUCCGGAACUCCGGACUGCCCAGCCCUCCGGAACUCCGGACUGCCCAGCCCUCGGGCGAGCUGGCAAGGCUCGCGUCCCGGGGAGGGACCCCAAAGGCGGGGAAGCGGGUUACCCCGCAAACCAGCAAGCUCAACAGGGAGCAAGCUGGACGGGGGCGGGACCUGGACACACACCCUUUCCUCUCUGAGAAGGAAGCGGGGAGGGAAAACGGAGUGCGCGACCCUGGAGCCACCAGCCCUCACGCGGGCCUGCAGGGGCGUGGGGGUUGGGGGAAGACGGUGCAGCUCCGCAGGGUUCGUCCAGAACCGGCCUAACCGCCGCGGAGGGCUGGCGGGGGGAAUGGAGCGGGCCUCGCCGAGGGCAGGCGGGAAAUGGGGUGGCGGGAAGACCAGAGGCCGGCCCAGCUCCAACGCCGCACAGGAGGCCCCGACCCUGCCCUGCCUUCGGCGGGCCCCGGGAUCGCCACAACGGGCCCCCAGCCUCCCAAAGGGACGCGGUGGGAGCCGAGGAAGCUCCCACCCCGACACGCAGACACACAAGCCCCCUCGCCUCCCUACCCCCACCCUCGCGCCGCGCUCGCGGGCUCUGCGCCCCACAGCGGCGCGGGGGAGGCGGGGGCCAGCGACGCGGCCACGGGGAGCUGAUGCCCUCCCCGACGCCCGGACCUCGACACGCAGACAGAAUCAACAAAGCAUCGCCGCUCCCGAGAAAAAACAUGCCACAGGCCCCGACCAGGGACUCUCCGACGCGUGGCUGCCCGGGCCGCAGGGCUGCGCGGACGGGCUGCGGGAAGGGGGUGGGGAAGGGCCCCGCGGGGUGGCUCCCCGGUUCGGGAGCCUCGCCUCCGCCGGGAUGCGGUGCUGCAGGGACCCCCACGCUGACCUUGGAGUCUCCGUUGCACAGAGCCAUCGGGGCCAGGGCCGGGGCCGCGGCGGUAACGGCGACAGUACGAGACGGGGCGGGAGGGUGCCGGAAGGGUCGGCGCCGCGGGCCGAGGUUGAGAAGGAGGCCUGGUCCUGGAGCAGCCGGCAGCGGAGAGGAGCCAGCCGCCAGAAAAGCGCAGAAUGGAGCAACAGCAGCGGAGCGCGGGCCCCAGCGCCGCGGGAGAGAAGACCAGCAGCGCGCACGCUGCCCCCGCCUCCUGCUUCCGCCCCGGCCGGCCACUGGGAGGAGCCAGAGCCCGUUCGGCUUGGCAGCCGAGCCUCAGCUACCCUCCGCAGCCACCGCCAAACCGGCCGGCCCUCGAGAGGAGGGGCUCGCGGCGCCCGGCCCCGCCCCCAGCCCGGUCCCCGCCGGCAAAGCCGGCCGGGUCUCCGGCGGCCCGCCCUUGGGAGGAGGAGCCCGCGGCAUCCACCGGCUCCGCCUCUCCUGCCCUCGCACCGAGGAGCCCGCCCCGGGAGGAGGGGCCUGUGGCGCCGGCCAGGAGAAAAACCGAAGCCGAAUCCGAGCUAGUUUGCUGCUACCGGAUUUGCCGGCUACCUUGGACGACUGCGGGAGGCUGGCGGCACCGAAGAGGCCUCCUGAGAGCUGGGCCCCUGGCGGGACUCUUAGCUGGUGGCGUGGCCUUAUCUCAGGUUGUUGGACAUGAGGGAGGCCAAGGCUGCUUUGGAAAGUUCCGUGGCCAUGUCUCAAGGAUGUCAUUGUAGGAACUGAUCACUUAGAUACUUCAAAAGUUAUACAACUCCCCACAAAAAGUUCUACAGCAGUUGGAGUUUCGCUCUUGUUGCCCAGGCUGGAGUGCAGUGGCGAAUCUCGGCUCACUGCAACCUCCACCUCCUGAGUUCAAGCAAUUCUUCUGCCUCAGCCUCCCGAGUAGCUGGGAUUACAGCGUCACCGCUCCCCCCUCCCCCGGCCCGCCCCCAUCACGCCUGGCUACUCAUUGACACUUAUUAGGGAGAAAACAUUCAGUCUCUCACCAAUAACCUGUAGGUUUUCAUAGAUGCCCUUUAUCAAGUUGAGGAAGUUUCCUUCUAUUCCUAUUUUGCUGAGAGUUUUGGUCAAGAAUGGAUGCUGUCAAAUGCUUUUUCUGUGGCUAUUCAAAUGACUAUAUAGCUUUUCUUUUUUCAGUUUUUGAAUGUGUUAAAUUACAAUGGUUGCUUUUUUUGUUUGUUUGUUUGUUUUGAGAUGGAGUUUCACUCUUGUCGCCUGGGCUGAAGUGCAAUGGUGCAAUCUUGGCUUACUGCAACCUCCACCUCCUGGGCUCAAGCAAUUCUUCUGCCUCAGCCUCCCGAGUAGCUGGGAUUACAGGUGUGCGCCACCACGCCCAGCUAAUUUUUGUAUUACUAAUAGAGACUGCCUUUCACCAUGUUGGCCAGGCUGGUCUCGAACUCUGACCUCAAGUGAUCUUCCCGCCUCAGCCUCCCAAAGUGCUGGGAUUACAGGCAUGAGCCACCGUGCCUGGCCCUGUUUCAUAUAUUUUGUCUGAGUUUUUUUGUUUGGUUCAGGCAGGAGGGUAAAUCCAAUCCCUGUUGCCUCCUCUUUGAUAGAAGCAGAAGUCUGGAAACCUUUUUUGUUGUUGUUCCUGUAGAUCCAUGCCUGCUGAAUGGAAGUCUCUUUUAAUGAUACAUGGAGGCAGCUUCAACCUACAAGGUCUUCCUUCUUUACCUGUCAUAUAAAUAUUUUUGUUAAGGGACAAGGUUGCCUUGAAUUCAAAAAACUUAGGCAGCAUAGAAUAGUGAUGUUGAGUCCUUUAAAUGCAAUUGUAUGAUUUCUAGGACCAAUACAUUUUUUCAAAAUACAGUUGCUAAAACCCACAGAUAGAAAUUUCAUACAAUGUUUCAGAUUUGGUAUGUAUCAUGUCAUAAAAUAUGUAUUUCAGGCAUAAUACAUGGUUACCUUAUUUCAUCUUUCAAAAUGUUUAAUAUUUUCAACCUCCCAUUAACAAAAAAUUAACUUUUAAACUUAUGAAAAAUAUUAGUUGUUAAGAUGUGGAAGGAGGUACACAGUUGUGCAAAAUUCUUUUAGGGCAGUAUGUGAGGUUUUUGUUUGUUUGUUUGUUUUUUGAGACAGAAUCUCACUCUGUUGCCUAGGCUAGAGUGCAGUGGCAUAAUCUCGGCUCACUGCAACCUCUGCGUCCUGGAUUCUAGCCAUUCUUCUGCCUCAGCCUCCCAAAUAGCUGGGAUUACAGGUGCGCACCACCAUGCCUGGCUAAUUUUUUUUUUUUUUUUUUUUGAGACAGAGUCUCGCUCUUGUCACCCAGGCUGGAGUGCAAUGGUGCGAACUUGGCUCACCGCACCCUCCACCUCCUGGGUUCAAGCGAUUCUCCUGCCUCAGCCUCCUGAGUAGCUGGGAUUACACGUGUGCACCACUAUGUCUGGCUAAUUUUUUUGGCUAAUUUUUUUGUAUUUUUAGUGGAGAUGGGGCUUUGCCAUGUUGGCCAACCUGGUCUCAAACUCCUGACCUCAAGUGAUCCACCCGCCUCGGCCUCCCAAAGUGUUGGGAUUACAGGCAUGAGCCACUGUUCCCAGCAAAAAUUUUUUUUAAUUGAAGACAACCAUUCUAAAAUACAAAUGUCAUCAUUUUAUGGCUCCCCACGGCUCUCAGGAAAAACUCCAAACUUCUAGCAUUUCUUAUUAGGCACUUGGAGGUUUGGCUAGCCCUUAUUUACCUUGCAGCCUGCUCUCUUACCACUGCCCCCAUCACUCUACUCUCUAGCCAUAUUAAACUGCUUCAACUCC